AUGCCGGCACCGGCAGGCAGCACAUUUUCAGUCACAAACAUCCUGGGCAAGCAUCCAGUGGACGCACGGCUUGACGAUGAGUACACAGUCGACAAGCAGAUUGGCAAGGGCGCCUUUGGUGUCGUCCGCCUGGGCCGCUGCCGCGCAACGAGCGAGACGGUUGCUGUGAAGAGCAUCAGCAAGGCCAAGCUGGUGUGCAAGGAGGACGUGAAAGAUGUGCAGGCGGAGGUGGCCAUAAUGAACCUCGUGGGCGGCCACCCCCACGUGGUCACCCUCAGGUCCACCCACGAGGACAAGGACUACGUGCACAUUGUGAUGGAGCUGUGCGAGGGGGGAGAGCUUUUCGACAGCAUCGUUGAGGCCGGCAACUUCAGCGAGAAGAAGGCCGCCGAGGUGUUCCGGCGGAUGGUGGAGGUGGUGAACCACUGCCACGAGCUGGGCGUGAUGCACCGCGACCUCAAGCCCGAGAACUUCCUGCUCACCGCCAAGGGGCCCGACGGGGAGCUCAAGCUGACAGACUUUGGGCUCGGCGUGUUCUUCAAGCCGGGGGAGCGCUUCAAGGACCUGGUCGGGUCCCCCUACUACGUCGCGCCAGAGGUGCUGCGCAAGAACUACAGCCAUCAGGCCGACAUGUGGUCCCUGGGCGUGAUCCUGUACAUCCUGCUGAGCGGGCUGCCGCCGUUCUGGGGGGAUACGGAGGACCAGAUCUUCAAGAUGGUGGGGGCCGUGGGGCUGGGCCUGGGGUUGGGAGGGGCAGAGGGGCGCGUUGACCGAUUGAACCUUUGA